AUGAAGACGAUCUUCUCGUCUCUUUUCCUUGCUGCGGGAGCAAAUGCAAUCAUCACUCGUUGGGCUCCUUGCUGCUUCCAUCUCUCUGCAUCAGGUGCCGUGACCGGAACUGUCGGUCAACUUGAUGAUGGACAGAACCGUGUCAAUGGACCUCUUUCUCCUGCCGAAUACUGCAUCGCUGAUGGUGCUAUCACUGAUGCCAAUGGUCGUGGAUGUAUCCUGACUCCUCCAACCUCUCAAUGGCAAUGCGACACUGGAGCCACUCCUACAUCAGGCUUCAGCGUCGCCUGUGAUGGAACGGUUGCCUACAAUGGCGGCACAACCUUCUACGAAUGCCAAACAGGAGAUAAUGGCGAAGCAAACAUCUACCUCACCCCCGGCGGAACGAACUGCGGUGAAAUCACCCUGAAAGCAGAUGGCUGCGGCUCCUGUCCCCCUCCACCACCACCUCCACCAACAACCUGCCCCACAAACCUAAACGGCAACUACGAAUUCCCCCACCUCAUCAUCCCAAUCGACUCCUCGAACCCCAACUCCGCGGCAGGCACCAGCUACUUCGGCGAAGUCUCCUCAACCAUCUCCUCAAUCUUCAAUUUCGACAUCCCCGCCUCGGACUCCGGGAAAACCUGCUCCCUCAUCUUCCUCUUCCCCCUUCAAUCCCAACUGACAACUUCCUCUUUCACCUUCAGUGGCAAUGGCGCCAUUGACUUCUCUCUCCUAAGCGGAGUUGCGACGGUAUCUACGAGCUAUGCGAAUGCGCCGUCAGUGGAGACGGACUAUGGUUCUAUCACGGUGGCGCCGGGGAACUCGUAUAAUGUGGCGACGUUUGCUUGUCCGGCAGGGGAGGCGGUUAGCUUUGAGUUGAAGGCCGUGGGGGAUACUUGUUUGAAUUAUUUCCAGGAUUAUAAUCCGAGCCCGAUUGGGGUUUAUAUUACCACUUGUUGA